AUGCUGUCCAAGGUGGUGCGCGACGGCGUGUGCGAGCUCACGCUCACGAGCGCCAAGACGCGCAACGCGCUCGGGCUUGGCCUCAUCCGCGAGCUCCAGGACGCUCUCUGUAGCAUCCAUGAGGACCGCGCUGUUCGCGUCGUCGUGCUCGGCGCGGAGGGCCCGGCCUUUUGCUCGGGGCACAACCUCAAGGAAAUGCACGCAGCGCGCGAGGCCUGCGCCUCCAACGACCAAGUGCUCGCAUCGUCCGACGGCGCGCGUGAGCUCAAAGAGACAUUCGAUGCGUGCAGUCGCAUGAUGCAGUCGAUCCUGACCUUGCAUCAGCCCGUGAUCGCCAAGGUCAACGGCGUCGCGACGGCAGCGGGGUGCCAGCUCGUCGCGACGUGCGACCUCGCGUUUGCGACGCCCCAGUCGCAGUUUUGCACGCCCGGCGUCAACAUUGGGCUCUUUUGCUCGACGCCAGGCGUCGCGCUCGGCCGUGCCGUCGGCCGGAAGCAGGCCAUGCGCAUGCUUCUUACUGGCGACCUUGUCUCGGCCGACGACGCUGUGCACAUGGGACUCCUCAACGACGUUGUGCCCGAGGCGGAGCUCGACGCCCACGUGAGCGCUCUCGCACAGCAGAUCGCGUCCAAGAGCCCAACGGCACUUCGCCUCGGGAAGCGCGCCUUCUACCGGCAGCUCGAGAUGCCCGUGGGCGAUGCCUACGCGUACGCCUCGUCGGUGAUGUGGACCAACAUGAUGGCCGAGGACGCCCGCCACGGCAUCGGCGCCUUCCUCGCCAAGACCACACCCACGUGGCAAGACUAAGAUUCUUAAAUAACAAGAGACGCCGCGAGCACCGUGGUCGCGCGAGAGA